CCUCCCCUCGAAUCAAUUUUCUACGCAUACGAACAGCUAAGAUGGGGAACCAACCCUCCGCGAUCCUGGACAACAUAGCCUCGGGCUCGAAUUUCGACCGCGAGGAGGUGGACCGCCUGCGGAAGCGGUUCAUGAAGCUGGAUAAGGACAACUCCGGCACCAUCGAGCGCGACGAAUUCCUAGCCCUCCCGCAGAUCUCCUCCAACCCUCUCGCAACCCGCAUGAUUGCUAUCUUCGAUGAAGACGGCGGCGGCGACGUCGAUUUCCAGGAAUUUGUGUCUGGAUUAUCAGCAUUCAGCAGCAAGGGCAACAAGGAGGAGAAGCUGAGGUUUGCCUUCCGCGUGUACGACAUUGAUCGAGAUGGCUAUAUAAGCAACGGCGAGCUUUUCAUCGUCCUGAAGAUGAUGGUGGGGAGCAAUCUGAAGGACCAGCAACUGCAGCAAAUUGUCGACAAGACCAUAAUGGAGGCCGACCUCGAUCGCGAUGGCAAGAUCAGCUUCGAUGAGUUUACCAAGAUGGUCGAGAGCACCGACGUGUCUAUGAGCAUGACUCUGGACCAGUUCUAAACCUUUUCUUGCUCAUGAUUGAAACGGCAUAAACAGGGCUUUCAUACCUUCGGCGAGGAGUUUUGGGUCAAACGGGACACGAAUUGGGAAGGUCCCGAAAGUAUUCGAUAUCCAUCAAUACAGGAGUCAAGAUCUCUGCACGCAGCCAGGGCGAUACGCGAGGCUGCUACAGCGCCGUGUCUUAAUCGCGCUUCGUUGAUGCCGCAUGCACUUACGAGCAGAAGGGCCUAGGUUUCCAAGACCGUGCCAAGGUACUAAUGGUAUCGAACGCACAUGAUACAGGCUAUUUUCAUUUCCAAUUAUCUGGCAGCGACCUACACUCUACUUUACUUUUUAUUUUAACCUAACGUACUCCAC